UUUUUUUUUUUGUUAACUUGUCAUUUAGUCUUCAUUCAUUUUCCAAAUCUCUUUCUCUCUAUUUCUCUCUUUUUACUGCGGUAUACUCAAGAAAAAAAUAGAGUCAAUUUCUUCCAAGUUUUCUUUUGUUUUUAUCUUGGCGUUUCUAAAUAGACCUUUUUUUUUUUUUUUACCACACGCCAUUCAUAUACUAUUUUAAUCAACAAUAACAGCAAUAUGGUGGACAACGAUAACAACAAUAUAACCAAGAAUAAUAACAAUGAUAAUGACGGCCCCAACGCCGGUUUGAUAGCUGGACUAACGACAGGUUUGGUGGUGGCAGCUCUAGUGGCCCUGACCGCUGGGUUAUUUAUCUAUCGAAAAAGGAAAAGAGCAAGAAUGAAUAUCAGUAAGAAGACUCUAGACUCAGUUGAAGAUCCUCCUCCUUCCAAUCCAAUGGUAUCAGUUUCUCCUCCUUCUCCUCUUACCAUUCUGGUUCCACCACAGCAGACGCAUCAACAACAGGAUCAACAUCAUUAUGAAACUUUGCCACCUCUUUAUAUUCCACCAUUAUCAACAACACCAGCAGUCAACAACUCCAUUGGAUUGCCCACUACAACUAUUCAAAGAUCAUUGACACUUGCUUCACGACCUCAUCGGAAAUCACCAACAGCUAUUUCCUCCAAUUCGCCGCUCAAUCGAUCAGCCUCCGUCAAAAUAACAAAGUACGAUCAUUAUCCUUUGACACUGGAUGAUGAUGAUUUAGAUCAUGUACAAAUACGACGUGCAAUCUCCGUGAAACGACAAAAUGCAAACACAUCAUCAACAACUGUUCCUUUCUUAGUCCAACCUGUAGCAACAACAGUAUCUCGAUCUAAUUCAGUUCGUUCUACCAAUAAUCGAGGAUUGGAUGAUAAAGAAUCGAUUACCGCAAUCACAACUACUUCCAUAAACAAAACAACAAGUAUAGAUUCUACGACAGAAAAUAAUAACAAACUCAAUGAUGGUUCUAUGCAAGAAACAACUACAACAACAACAUCUUCUGCUGGCAGUGGUGCGAUUCAGGUGGUCUGUGCUAAACCAACCAUUGCAAGGAUACGAUCUAUAUCAAGAAAGGGUACUAAGGGAAAGAAAUCAACAAUAGAACAAGAAGACAAACAUGAAGAACGAACAUCAAUACCUGGUAGUACUCAUUCUUCUACUUUGGCAGAUGGCGAAAUCACUGUGUAUUGGCAACCUCCUUCUACUAAUUAGUUCUCUCUUUUGAUAGUUUUUUAGUUGAAUGUAUUAUUACCUCCUUAAUUAUUAUUAUUCUUAUUACACCUGUCAAAAUAAAUAAACUUGGUUUACAAAUUUGGAAGUGUUCUGAA